GUUGCUAGCUGACUUUGCCAGGAAGCCUUUGCUGUUGCUAGCUGACUUUGCCAGGAAGCCUUUGCUCGAGCAAGUGAAUAUUAUUUCACAAUGUCAAUGGAGGGGUUGUCAUCAUUCCAGAAUCUACAAGCGCUCUCUGCCCUCUUAUCCACGCAGGACGAGGAUGAUGAAUAUAAUUUUAAAGUAAGGCAUUGCUACCGUUAAUCAUUGAGAUAAGUUGCACUUCUCCAACGUUAGUUUUGUGUAAACAAGCUAGCUAAUAAAACUGUUUUGGCAAACAAAAAUGUGAUAACUUGUCCAGUUAGCAUGCUAGCAAAAACAUGAUGAUCAUGUAGCUAGCUAACGUUAGAUAUGUGACAACAGCUAGUUUGCACUUGCUUUCUAUAUCAGUCUUUGAAAGUGAUUUAUUCUUUAAAAUAUUUCCUGAACAGAAUAUGACAUCCUCAGCCGUAAUGGGACCUGGAGAUAUUGGUCUCCCAUCACCUGCUGCCAACAAAUCAGGUCUGUUUUCUCAGGUGGCUUGUACCAAAAAAGUAGUGGAUUAAAUAGGGAAUAGGGUGCCAUUUUGGAUGCAAACAGUAACAAGCUGUAUAUGUAGUUACAACCAUAGAGAUCCUAUUAAAUUACUAAUUCUAUGGUUACAACAGCCUACACCAAGAAGGACAGUAAAGCCAUCUGGAGUGAGGAGGAGGUGACAGAGGGGUCGCAGUUUGAUGACCUCACAGACACCCGGCCAAAGCCUGAGUAAGUCAAGUUUGCAGUCUUAACACCAUGAAAAAGAAAACAACAUUCCAGACAAGGCUAUUGGUACUCCCAUCCUUCACAUCUAAUUUCUUCCUCAUUGCUGUUGGCUGGGGAACGUGUGUGUGUUCAGGUAUGACAUAUUGCUGAAGCAGAAUGUUGGGACAGAGGAUGUGUUUCUUGGGAUGAGCAGAAAGGAUCCCUCUUCCAUGUGCUGUGACAGCAUGCUGGUAACCAUAGAGAUCCUAUAAUUAAUUAUAUAUGUAAUUCUAUAGGAUUCUAUACGUAACUCUAUGCUGUUGUUAACCAUGUAGCUACAGUGUUCUGCAAUGUUACAUCUUCUUGCAUCUAUUACUUGACUGACUUGGCUUGAAUAGAUGAAUAGAAUGUCCUCCAACUGGGUUGAUGGCAAGUUUUUCACCAGUUGAGGUGGAGUCUAUUACACCCAUGUGAAAUUAUAGUACAGAACAAUAAUAUCAUAAUAAUAUUAACUUUAUCUCCUCAGGUGAAAAUCAAACUGCCAGACACCAAAGCAACAGAUGUAGUCUUGGAUGUGAAGGAGAAAUUCCUUGAUCUGCGAACGCCAAACUUGUAAGAUUCUUUAGAAUGUUGCCUGCCUGUCAUCCUUCUGUGAAGAGUUCCAGGCGUUCUAUCCACAGCCAGAAAAUGAUCUAUAAAGAGUUCCAGGCAUUCUAUCCACAGCCAGAAAACGAUUUGCUACUAUUUGCUGACCUCCUCUCUUGCUCAAUUUUUCUUCAUAAAUAUUGUUUUAUCUCUAUCUAAAGCAUGUGUCGUCUCAGCCAUGGCUGAAAAUCUCUCUCACACACACACACACACAAUUUAUCUCGGUCUCUCUCGCUCUCUCUCACACACACACACACAAUUUAUCUCGGUCUCUCUCGCUCGCUCUCUCUCACACACACACACAAUUUCUCUCUGUCUCUCUCUCUCUCGCUCUCUCUCUCUCUCACACACAGACCAUUUCUCUCUCUCUCUCGCUCUCUCUCUCUCUCUCUCUCUCUCUCUCUCUCUCACACACACACACACAAUUUAUCUCUGUCUCUCUCUCACACACACACACACACACACAAUUUCUCUGUCUCUCGCUCGCUGUUUCCCUUUCUCUCAUAUCUAUUUUACUAAUUAAAGCUAUAAUCCUUAAUUGAAACCAUAACAAAGCGGACACCCCACCUCUGUUUUGGUCAAAAAAAUAAUGGGCCUGGAAAAAAUGUAAGAACUCUCCAAUUAAUAGACAGGGCUAUGGAUGCAAGGACUGACCAUCCAUGAUAUAAAAAUUAUAGUUUUAACCAUCUUUUGAGGCUAUACAGUGUUUGUUUACAUUUACAUUGUUUACAUGUUAGGUUCUGAUGGGGUACAACAGUUAACUAAGAUCAUGAGGCAUUUAUAAGUUAUAUUCUUCAAGAAUCGAUGGAUUUAUAUCAUUAAUUUGUAAGUCCAAAAAUAGAUGUAGCAACUAAGGAUUCUAGCUUCAAAUCCUUUCUUCUGUCUCUACACAGUAAACUGGGCCUACACCUUCCUCACCCGGUCCACAGUCAGGAGGGAAAAGCCCAGUUCUACAGUGAAAGACAGGAGCUGGAGGUCACGCUACCAAUGA